AUGGCUGGUCGACACAACGCGUCUGAUUCGCGGUCGGAGAGUAGCACACCUCGCAGUGAAACGUCUAUAGAACGGAACACGUCGAUUUCAACUACCAGUCAGCCGCUUCAAUGGAUCAACUACUCAGCCCAGCCUCCGGAUUCUCACAAGGCACAAGACGCGGACGCAUAUGCUUGCGGUACGUUCAGCAAUGAACCCUACUUCGACAACAGGAUGUCCGCAAUUCCAGACGUGGUUCAGCCAGACCUUGAACAGGCUUCUAUAUGCUUCUUCUUCCGUUAUUAUUCGGGGACAAUACUGGACCCUCGAGCAAACAAGAGUCUGACCACGACGUGGCAACCAAUGUAUCUCCGCUCAUCAGCCAACUCUCCUCUGCGCAUUGCUACAUCUGCAGUCGCGGUCAACGUCGCCAUGAUGUGGAGCUUCAAGGGCUGCGACACACGGCCAGCACGAAAUCUGUACGCGAAAGCGAUCUCUGCCACCAGGAAAGCCCUGACCACUCCUUCGCGAAGUACCAUAGACGAACUCCUCAUGACUACUCUGAUCUUCGACCUCUACGAGUGUCUUCAGAGCCAUUAUGUGCCGGGACUCCCCCAUCCGCUCCGACACAAACAAGGCGCCCUGGCUCUUUUGAGACUGAAAGGUGCUACCAACUACACGACUGAGUCCAGCCGUGAACUCGUCCUUACCACCCGCCACGAUAUUCUCCAGUACGCCAUCACACGCCGGGAGCCUCUUCCCCCGGGCGCAGAAGAGUACUUUGACCACCCGUCGGUCAUGAACAGCACUGUGAAACAACUCGACAAGCUUGCGAUCAUGCUCGUCCACGUGCAAUGCCGUCUGGAUGAUUUGAAGCAGCAGUCAUCGAGCGGCGACGACUGUGGCGAGCGUCGACGGCGCUAUACAGAAGUCGUUGUCGAAGCGAUGAAAAUCAACGACCUGAUGGGGGCGUGGAAACAAAGUGUCACCAACCCGGAAUGGAUGGCACAGUAUGUCCUGCGGGAAGAGGUUUUGCCGACAAUAGUGGCUGCCGGAUUCUACGGAGCUCGAUGCGCGGUUUGGGCCGACCUGGCUUACCCCGACAUGUGGAAUCUGUACCACAAAUUGCGACUGCUGACGCUGCAGGUCAUCCGGCAGGCUUACGCCGACGAGCCUAGUCUUGGUGAGAGUCCUGGGAGCGCCUCGAUCCUUGAAAACACCAACUCGACAAUGCAAGCUCUCGCCGAUGCGAUUUGCGAGACCGUUCCCUUCCAUCUCGGCGACACGGUUGUUCCCACCAAUCCUAUAUAUUCCAAAGAGAUCAAUUUUCCCUAUAAAGUCAUCACCGACCCAGAGACGGGACGGACCACAAGCAUCCCAAGUAUGGAGACUGUCUACCGGAGUCGUGCCGCCGCAUCGGGCGGGUGGAACAUCUUUACCUACCUUCUUGUUCUCUACCGAUUAGCAGAGCCAGAAGACGGCGCCCUGCCGCUGGUACUCCGUGAUGGACAGCUGGACUGGAUUAAGGGGCAGAUCAAGAGGUUGCAAACGACCUUCUUGUUCUGCGACCCCGUAUGGUUCAAGCGUUUACCACCGAGGCAUCUGAUAGGGGGCGACAACACAUUGGCACUGGACCAAACAAAAGUAGAGCCAUGCUAG